CCGCCCAGUUUUGAGUUUCAGCGGAGAGAAGACAGAGAGAAAACAGGCUGUAAGCGAUGACGUCCAGGUCCCUCCUGCUGUCCCUCCUGCUGUCCCUCCUGCUGGGUGUGGCUGAUGUUCGAGGAGGAUCCAAGUUCAGAAUCUGUGCCUUCAAUCUUCAUCAUUUCGGGGAAUCCAAAUCUAGCAAGAACGAGAUCAUGAUAACUCUGGCCAGGAUCAUUACUCGCUGUGACGUGUGUUUGCUUCAGGAGGUCAGAGACCGUAAAGGAACAGCCGUAUCAAAGCUGCUCCAAACCAUCAGGAGGUAUGACACGAGGAACCAGUAUGACCUUUUGGCCAGUGAGAGGCUGGGCAGGACGGAGUCAUACCAGGAGCAGUACGUGUUCGUCUACAGGACCAACACUGUGAUGGUUACUGAUCAGUAUCAGUACCCAGACAAUGUGCCUGGAGAUGAAGAUGCUUUCUCCAGAGAACCUUUUGUUGUUCGCUUCAAAGCCCCAAAGACCUCUAUACAGGAGUUUGUUCUCAUCCCUCAACACACCACUCCGACUAACACCACUAAAGAGUUGGAUGCCCUGUAUGACGUUCUGCAGAAAGUAAGAAGGAUGUGGAAAACUGAGAACGUGAUGCUUCUCGGGGACUUCAACGCCGACUGCGGUUACCUGGCAAAGAAGAACCGGGACAAAGUGCGUCUGAUUACAGACAGGAACCUCCAUUGGCUGAUAGGAGACAACACUGACACUACUGUGAAGCUCAGCACGUCCUGCUCCUACGACAGGAUUGUCAUCCAUGGAGAAAAGUUCAAAGGAGAAGUUGUUCCUUCCUCAGCCCAACCAUUUAACUUCCAACAGGAGUACAGACUAACAGAAGAAGAGGCUCUAGAUGUGAGCGACCAUUACCCAGUGGAGGUCCUGCUGAAGGUCAGCAUUUCCAAAUCCCGCAACGGAGUCACUUCCUUUACCAGCAGCUUUACUGUGUUUCAGUGUUUCUGCCUUAUAGUCUAUCAUAUGUUGUCAUAGCAGAUGGAGAGCGAAUGUAUUGAGAUGUUUUAUAUCUCACCUCUCUGUUUUAUUACAUAUGCUAAAAAAAUAAAAGUGACUUGCAUGCUUACCACAGUAUUUCAAAGAAAAUUUGAACAUAUUCAACCUCAGUUCAACUUUAAAACAUUAUGAUUUCUGGUGCUAGAAAAUGAAAUAAGAUACUUUUUUUUUCUCUCUUUUUUGUCUCUGACUCAUGUUUGUAUUUGGUGAUGUCCUUCCCAAUGUUUGAAAAUCCCCCAAUUUUUUUUCACUUUCAUCAUUUUAUCCAUAGAGAUAAAAUCAAUAUAUAUUAUUUUUUAGAUGCUAUUUAUUUUUUGCACCAAGAGUACUUCAGUUCUGUAAAUAAAAGUUGGAUGUUCUUGGCUA